GGGGGCAUCCUCGCGCCAAUCGGAAGUGUUGGAGAGUGGGCCUGCUGGUCGGAAGUCGGCUCCCGAGCCAUGAAUAUCUUGCCCAAGAAGAGCUGGCAUGUCCGGAACAAGGACAAUGUCGCCCGAGUGCGGCGCGACGAAGCCCAGGCCCGGGAGGAGGAGAAGGAGCGUGAGCGGAAGGUGCUGCUCGCUCAGCAAGAGGCCCGCACAGAAUUCCUACGGAAGAAAGCCAGGCGCCAGCACUCAGUGCCUGAGCUGGAAGCAGCAGGUGUAGGAGUUCCAAGCUCUGGCCCUGUAGACCUGUUUAAGGAGCUGCUGGAAGAAGGGAAAGGAGUGCCAAAAGGCAAUAAAGAGCAUGAGGAAGAGAAGCGACAGGAGAAGGAGAGGCAAGAGAAAGCACUAGGCAUCCUGACCUACUUGGGCCAGAGUGCAGCAGAGGCUCAAACUCAACCUCCUUGGUACCAGCUCCCCCCAGGGCAAAGGGGUGGCCCUCCAGGCCCAAGCCCAGAUGAGAAGAUCAAGAACCGACUAGACCCUUUGAGGGAGAUGCAGAAACACCUGGGAAAGAAAAAGCACAGCAGUGAAAGUCAUCCUCCCAGAGAGGCAUGGCCUCGGAAACAACAGCCCAGAGGGCCACCUUCCUUAGAAAAGCUCCGUGCUGAACGUCUUCAGCGGGAAGCAGCUGAGAGAGCCCGAGCAGAGGCCUUGUUGGCCCGAGUACGUGGCCAGGUCUCCCAGCAAGGGCAGGCAGAAGAGGAAGAAACAGAUGAACGGAGGCGACGAUACAACUCACAGUUCAACCCCCAGCUGGCCCGGCGGCCCCGCCAACAGAACCCCACUCCUGCCCACUGACUCUUUGGGGGAAGAUAGGAGGCUGCAUCUGCCAGCCGUCAU